AUGUCUACGUUGGGCACAGCGAGAAGAUCUGCGAAAGCAAAGUCAAACUCGACCGGGGCUGAUUCAAAACGGUCGAGUAUUAAGGGCCUCGGCAUGGUGGCGCCUUGUGAGAUUGGCUCCAGCAGAGGGGGGCGCCGCCCCUCGUCGCCGUCAAACCCCGCCGUCGCCGUCGUCGAUCUCCGUCCGCAGCGCUCGAGCGCGAGCCCCGACGCGACUGCGCCCCCGACGCCGAGCCCCCGGAGCCUCGACGACACGCCGCCGCCUCUGGCCCGCGACCCGCCGCCUCCGCCUCACCUCGCUGCGCCCGCAACAGAAGCCCCGGACGCCGCGCCAAUCCCUGCCGUUGCAACCCUCCUCUGCAGAUCUGUCUCCGCCGUCGAUCCCAAGCCACCUUAUGACCUAGAGCCGCGGGCGGCCGAGAUCCGGCCGCGGAGUCCCUCCGCCCGCAAAUCCGAGGUCCCCAGACGACGAAGGCCCGAACCCAGCUCGAGGCUUCCCUUUCACCGGUGCCGAGCCUCGUUGAAGACCCACAUCGACGCCGCCCUUGCUCCUCGCCGCGACGCUCGCCCCCGAUCCGGUUCUCUCACACGACGCCGCGCCUGA